UGUGGGGAACCUCGGUUCGGUGGCUGGGCAUGGGCGGUCGCCUUCGGACAAGUCUUGCGGUAGACUCGGGUACCCUCAGCUGGUGCCUCCCGCCCUUCUGAACACCCUCCUUUCUCUCCGCGGGGAGGAGGUCGAGGCCGGCCACAGGCUGAGCGCGCUUCGGGCUGGGUUCUCGACAGUGAAUCAGUUGAGGAGCACCUCGUAGUAGAUGUCCUUUCGGCCAGUUCGUCCCACGCUCCCCGGCGUGUCAGUAGCUGCCAUGAGCUGAGAAGCUUUCCUCUACCAGGCCCUUCCAUCAUGAUUUUCUGCCUCACUUCAAACCCAGAGCCAUGAAGCCAGCUGACCAUUGACUGAGACCUCUUAAACUAAAUACAUUUUUAUUCACAGAAAACAAGAUUAUCUUCCUAUCCAAAAAGAUGAAAACCUGGCUACAUUUGAAAGACAACCAAGUGAACACCACAGACUAAUGAGUAGAAUCAAUAAGAACGUGAUUUUGGCCCUUUUAACAUUGACAAGUUCAGCAUUUCUGCUAUUUCAGUUGUACUACUACAAGCAUUAUUUAUCAGCAAAGAAUGGAAUUGGUUUGUCAAAAUCCAAAGGAAGCAGAAUCGGAUUUGAUAGCACACAAUGGCGUGCAGUUAAAAAAUUUAUUAUGCUAACAUCCAGCCAAAAUGUACCAGUGUUCCUUAUUGAUCCUUUGAUUCUGGAACUGAUUAGUAAAAACUUUGAACAAAUCAAAAAUACUUCUCAUGGCUCCACUUCAGAAUGCAAGUUUUUCUGUGUUCCAAGAGAAUUUACUGCAUUUGCACUACAGUAUCACCUGUGGAAGAAUGAAGAAGGCUGGUUUCGGAUAGCUGAAAAUAUGGGAUUUCAAUGCUUAAAGAUUGAAAGCAAAGAUCCUCGGCUAGAUGGGAUAGACUCACUUUCUGGAACUGAAAUCCCCCUGCACUAUAUCUGCAGAUUGGCCACUCAUGCCAUCCAUUUGGUGGUCUUUCAUGAAAGAAGUGGCAACUACCUCUGGCAUGGCCAUCUACGACUCAAAGGACACAUUGACAAGAAAUUUGUUCCUUUUCGAAAGUUACAGUUUGGUCGUUAUCCUGGUGCUUUUGACAGGCCAGAAUUACAGCAAGUUACUAUUGAUGGACUAGAAGUUCGUAUUCCAAAAGAUCCAGUGCACUUUCUGGAAGAAAUACCACACUCUAGGUUUAUAGAGUGCAGRUAUAAAGAAGCUCGAGCAUUCUUGCAGCAGUACCUUGAUGAUAACACUGUGGAAGCUAUGGUUUUUCGGAAGAGUGCUAAGGAAUUAUUGCAACUAGCAGCCAAAACGUUAAAGAAAUUGGGAGUACGCUUUUGGCUGAGCAGUGGAACUUGCUUAGGAUGGUAUCGGCAGUGCAAUAUUAUUCCUUAUAGCAAAGAUGUUGACCUAGGGAUUUUUAUACAAGAUUACAAAUCUGAUAUUAUUAUAGCAUUUCAGGAUGCAGGACUUCCACUCAAACACAAGUUUGGGAAGGUGGAAGACAGCUUGGAACUAUCCUUCCAGGGAAAAGAUGAUGUAAAACUUGACAUUUUUUUCUUCUAUGAAGAGACUGACCAUAUGUGGAAUGGAGGCACUCAGGCCAAAUCAGGAAAAAAAUUUAAAUACCUGUUUCCCAAGUUUACACUGUGCUGGACUGAAUUUGUAGACAUGAAGGUCAAUGUGCCCUGUGAAACCAUCGAAUACAUUGAAGCCAACUAUGGUAAGACCUGGAAGAUUCCUAUAAAGAUAUGGGACUGGAAGAACUCUCCCCCCAAUGUGCAGUCCAAUGGAAUCUGGCCUAUUUCUGAGUGGGAUGAGGUCAUCCAGUUGUACUGAAAUAAUAAGUUGAAAUAGGAGAAGCUUUCUCUUGAAAAAAAAAUGUUGGUAACUGUUUAAAAGACUACAUGUCUAUUUGUCAAACAUAAGCAGGAUCCAAAGGAAAAACAUGACAAGUUUUAAGACUGAAAGAAUCCUAACUCUUGAGCCAUCUGAUUUAAUUAUCUCAUUCAGCAUUCACUUAGUUUCUGUGUGUCAGAUAAAAUACUAGGUUACMGUGGAGAAGCAGAGACAAAUGAUCAAAUGCCUGCAUUGUUCCUGUCCCUUUGGUAAGCACCCCUGUUUUCCUUUGAUGGAAAUUUUCCACCUUUUGAAGAGCUGAAUUAGAAUAUAAUAUAUCCUAUAAUUUUUUUAAAUGUUAAGUAAUUCUUGGACUGGAAGAUGAGCUUAUCAGGCAAAGCUAAUGAAUGGUAUAUUCAUGAAAAAGAACAAUGUAUUCCUGUUCUUAGUGUUGAAGCUUGUGUAAUAGUGCUACCUUUAAGAAUGUGGCAUCUGAGUUAAUUUUCAAGUGAUCAGACUUUAGGUAGCAUCAGGAAAAGAUUGUUGCAGACUCAUUUGACAAGCCAUAUGAUGCAAAUUGAUUUAGAGCAUAGGGUAUUAUUCUAUAAGGGAAGGUGGGAGCUCAUUUUGAAAUGAGUUUUGUCAAGAUAAGUAAAUUUCAUAUAUUUACUAUUUUCAUAUUUGAAGUGAGAAGAAAGCUGAUGCUUUUGUGAUACUUAAAUUUUCAACUAUGGUGAGAAUAUUUUCAUUGACCCUUGAUGCACUUGUUGGUAUAUUAUUCAAGCAAGACCAUGCUACCAGACAUGAUUUUGAAGAGAUGUGAUUUCACAAAACUCACUUUCCUAUUUCACUCUCAACCCACUGUCUUAGGUAAGAAUAUGAACUAUUCAUGGACAUCUUCUAUUUUCUCAGUUUAUAACCCUUGCAUUUCCAAAUUAGUGUUGACCCUAAGAUAUUAAUAGAAAUACCUCUAAUUUUUCUAAAUAUACCCUUCAUUGUAUUUAUUYAUCAGUCACGGCUCCUUAUCUUUAAUUUAUACACAAUAAACUAAUUUAAGUGGCAAAAAGCUGUUCUUUUUCUCUUCUAAAACUGCUUCAGAUCUCCAAAAUGAAAGGUAAAUAAUGAACCUGACAACUAUUCCCCAUCCUGGACUAUACUGUUUAUAAAGCUGUGUGUCUCUCUCAUUGUUCAAUCUAUGGAGUAUCUAUGGGGCAAGAACUCAGACUUCCCUGCUUUCUCAAGUACCAUCUACUUUGGAACCCUUCAUUCCCCUGCCCAUCUCAAGAUAUACCCCUGAGUGGGCUGGGAUGACUUCCCUACCUCUUUACUAGUAGUCGCUUGAAUGAUGUAUUCUCAUUGAGUGAUAAAGGGAAAUGCAGGUACAGUGAGCCUCAGGAAAAGAAGCUAAGUCUCAUAUCUUAUCUGUGCUACUUAAAACUGUCUUCUGGGCUGACAUGGUAGACUUUUUUCUGUAACAAGAAUAACAGGUCUUAAUUUGAAAAACAACACGAAGAUUUUCUUUGAUGGAUGGUAAACAACAUUCUAUCUCUCCUAGRAUGCAUUCUCAAUGUAAAAUCAUUGGGUCUUUUCAUAAAUAAACAGGUUUUCAGGGAUCUUUAUAGAUUACCAGCAGUACCCAAAUGAUAGGUUAUCGUAAUCAUCUUUCUCUUUGUUAGAAAAUCAGCCCAUAGAUUAUAAACCAAGUUUUUUUUUAUUUUUUUUUAAA